GUUUGUACUGUAUGAAUAGGCCAUUAUCUUUUAAUAUCCUUUAUCAGUGUACACUCAGCCUAAUAUACACGCACAGUGCUGUAUAACAAUGUGGUGUUCUGUGUUCUCUGUAUACACGUGGAUUGGAUUCACAGUUGAAAUUCUUCUAUCCUUCCUAGUAAAUCUUUCAUCUUGGUUGGUGAUGGCAAUAUCCAUCUGUAGGUUACUCAUGAUUGUCAAGUUUGAUGCGAUGAUUGAGCUUGAACCUGAAGGUUUCUCACAAAGGGUUCUGUUAAUCCUCUGCAUUGUCUCUGGUUUAAUAGUCGGGAUUCCAACCUACAUUGUCUUCACCACAGGUUUUGUGUCACCACAAGUUCAAUUUUUCACUGGAAUAAAAGGGACUGAUUCUGUUAAUCCUCACGUGAUCUUUGUUCUAACUACAGUCUGCAUAUGCUCCACUACAGCAUUGGUUUCCUAUCUCUAUGGGAAAUAUCAUCUAAAUAAAUAUCAUAAAAUCAGUAUUGAGUUCGAGUCAGAUUCCACAAAAAACAUGAUCAAGAUGAAGACUGUCCUCAUCGCUAUACUGAUUUCUGGCAGUAAUGGUGUACUAGCUGUAUCUCUACCUACUUUGAAAAAGCAAAAAACUCCUGUCAGUGUUAUUAUAGCGGCCACUAUAAUAACACUAUCCCUGGUCAAAUUUUCACGAACGCCAAAAGUCAAAGAAUUUCUUGCUCGAAAGUCCACUCAAAAAAUGACAACAAUUACAGAAAGUGUUAAAGCUUUCCGUUUCAAGAGAAAAACAAACAGAGUAGGUAUUCAGAAUACUCCUGAACCCGAGGAAAUCUCUUCGGAAUUUUAAAAAAAGAAUGUUGUCAGAGCCAGAAAAAAUCUAAAUCGAUGUUCAAUGUACAUUGCUUGUAAGUUCACACAACAAUUGUAUUUUAUUAUUGUCAGUUUAUAUUUUCCUAUAUCUAUGAUUAAUAAUUAUCUUAUCACAUUCAUUCAAAA